GUUUAAUUCCAAGCCUUUAAGGGGGACUGAUAUGGUUUCUGGCUAACAAAGAUAGUAAUAAAUAUGUUAUUAGACAAGUAAUGCAUAUAAUGAUUAGUUAGAAAUCAUGAAAAUAGAAAUAAGUGUUUAGAUACUGCUACAAUAUUUUUUUUGUUAAAAGGUUGGUAGAAUGUCAUCUAAGGAGGAUAUUGUGCACACUCACUAUUAAAAUUCUUAUUUUAAUCAAUUACAUCUUUUAAAUUUGUAAUACUAACUAAAAAAUAAUUAAUACUGCUUUUAUAUUUACAAAGUAUUAAAGGCGUAUAAACAUUUAAUAUAAGUAGGAUUUUUAACAAAAUAAGAAAAAAUCUUAACCUAAAAAAAAAAUACCAAGAGUAUAAUUAAAAUAUAAAUAGAUCAUUGUUAUUACAUAUAUAUAAACAAUUAAUAUGAUUUCAAUUAUCUUAUUGAACUUUGA